AUGAAUACUGUGCUCGAGAGCACUGGCCUAGGGAAUACUAUUGGUCUUUUGAGACGAGAGCCGCCGUGCUCUCGUUGUCGACAGAAAAAAAUCAAAUGCGAUAAGCAGUUACCCUGUGACCAAUGCAAGAGACUCGGUUGUUAUUGUUCAUACGAUGAAACACAUGCAAACCUAAGAGAAGUCGACAAAUGCAUCGAGCUACAAGAGCGUAUAGCACAGCUUGAGGCGCAAUUAAAGGCUGUGACCUCGGGGCUCCCCACUGCCCCGCUAGAGGGCGAUAGGAACGCAGCCAGCACUGCAGAACUGCCCCGCCAAACUCCGCUCGACUGUAGCUGCGGCCGUCAGAUCUUCAACUCUAGCUUCUCAAUCCACUAUGAUUCCGCCGUUCACUGGAUAGACCUGUUUCCAAAUCUCCGGGAGACCUAUUUCCAAGUCUUGGCUGACCUGGAAUCCACAGCAAACCAGAAGAUGAGAUAUCCCUUUCUCAUCGAAGAUGGUUUGAACGAUGAUUUGCUCCUGGCCAAGUAUUAUCCGUCUCCAGAUGAAGCCUCUCGGUUGACUAUGCUAUUCUUCGACAAUGUUCACUCAUUCGUUUGCAUUCUUAACAAAAAUGCCUUUAUGCGCGAUCUAUGUAGAUACCACGUGGGGAAGCACCCACAGCGGGAACUCGCAGAGGCUUUACAUUUCUCAGUCUUUGGAUUAGCCAUCAUAUCACUGAAAUCAGAAGAUGCACUCAAUAUAUUUGGAUUCGAUAAAGAACGAUUGCUGGAUAAAUACCAAGAAGCCCAGGAACUCGCCCUUCACAGGAUCUUUCUAUUUGAACGAGGAUCUUGCCGAACUGCUACUUUGCUGUUGAGUUUGGCGGUUCGCAUUGCUCAACACAUGGGUCUCCACAAGGAUCCCACCUGGUUCGAUUAUUCUCCGUGGGUAUGCGAAUGGCGACGGAGAUUGUGGAAUCAUGUCAUUUUACUUGAUCAAAGGGCCAUUGCGUUGGAAGGCGUGCCAUCCCUGGUCAAUUUUUCUUGGGAUACCCGACUUCCCACAAAUAUAGACGAUGUUGCAUGGAAUACAAGUCCCUUCAUGAAGCCCAGCGAGGUGCCCCAUCCCGCCCUAGGCUUCACGAGUAUGACACCCUCUCUUGUCAAACGACACGUGCUCUCAAUCCUUUGCCCGCUUCGACAGAAUAUUAGGACACGUCCAUAUUCACAGCAACUACGACACAUCGAAGCCGGCUUUCAGGAAAUGGCUCAUUUCUUCAAUCCAGCGGAAUUGGAUAAACAGAUAAACUCGGAUUUCAUGCGAACUUGCGCCGAGAUUGAAUUCGCAUAUUUGCGCCUCAUGGCUGGCCAGGCAGUGGUCAGGUUCAGUAGUGCGACACCUGAAUUUAUGGCCCACUACGGAAGACUUUACAUCGAUUCUAUCUUAGUUCUUGAACAGCAUGCUUACCUUAAAGAUUCUGUCAUCAAUACAGGGUGGCUGUGGUUCCUUCGAAGUUCACCACCCAUUCUUCCUCUUGCAAUAAUCUUGACACAUCUAUCCUCGGAGCCGAUGAAUUUGUAUUCCGAGAGAGCUUGGAUUCAGAUUGACACUUUCUUUGACGAGUAUCAAAUGGAGAGUGGAAUUAUGAAGUCUCCAUCCAUGUCUGCUUUGCAAAAUCUACGAGAGGCCGCCCUGAGGUCAUCAAAGAAAACUUCGAAUCAAUUCCCAGUCGCCAUGCAGAAUAUUCAGUCUCUGCCUCAAGGUAUAGAAAGCACUGAUAUCGAUUUUUCGAUGCUGCCUGUGACAGAGCCUCUAAUGGACGUGUGGGAUUAUUCUGGGUUAGAAGCUCUGCCUUGA